GCGACGUCUAACGUCGUGCAAGGAUGUUAAAGGUGAAGGUUGUUCAAGCUUUUUACAGCAUUUCUUACAAACAAAAGAGUAAUGCCUGGCAGAGGUGGACGCGGAGGUAUAAAAUACGUACAGCAAGAGGAGCCAGCGUUUCUGAAAAGAUUCAAGGAGAGGAUAGGCUAUAAAGAAGGCCCAGAUGUAAAUACAAAGAGACAGGCGCAGCAGGGUUUGGAUGAUGAUGAUGAUGAUGGUGUUGAAAAGGAAGAGGAAAAGCCAGUGGUAGUGGUCUUGAAAAAGGGUGAUCUCACAGCAGAAGAGGCAGAAAAAUAUGCAAAGGACCCAAAUUCAGUCACUGAUGAUGAACCACCCCCACCUGAUGGGAAAAUUCUCUUUAGGAAACCUACAAAAAGGUCAAAUGACUCUGUAGGCAGUGAUCAGAAUGCAGUUACUUCUAAAAAGUCAAAAGAUAAGGACAGCAAGGAAGAAAUGUCUAAGGACAAAAAACAUAAACACAAACACAAAUCAAAGACUAAAGCAAAAAAUACAAGUUUACUUUCUUUUGGAGAAGAAGAGGAAGAAGAUACUUGAGAUGCCUGUAUUGCCGUUGGUGAAUUUCCCAAUUUGAUAUAUGGAACUUUUCAUACAGUGUGAUUGGAUCAAAUAUGGAUUGACUCAAAAAAGAGGAAGAUGGUAGUUUCCAAUCAACCUUUGAUCAAGUUACUUUAAAAAAUGGUUGUUAAAACACUAUAAACGGUCUAGACCAGACCCAAAACGUGUAUAUUGCUGUAUCAUUAACUUUUACCUUCAAGGCUAAAAUAUAAAUAAAAUUUUCUUUCAAAAUCCACUUUAUUUCCAGUUUGUGCAAGUACAUUUGUGAUAAAUAUGACAAAAAAGUGCCUCAACAAAGCAAAAUGGAUAAAUAUUUCUUCUGUAAUAAAGUCAUGCCAAAAAGAGCAAAUGGAGUAUCUGAGAUACACGCUAAAAAUAAAACUUGCAAAAGAGCAUAAACAAAUUUUUAGUGAGAUUCAUUCUCAAUUUCUACCCAAUAAAGUAAAGACAACUGAUUAUAUACAAUAAAAUUGAAUAUCUUAGCUCCAUCAUAUUCAAAGAAUAAAUUCCUAUAUAUUUAAUUAUUAUUGACUAAAUUUCUAAGUCACAUACUUCUUCAUAUGCCUGCAUAACAGGAGCCUGCCAAUACCACUGAAAGUAUUUUGUCAUUUCAUUGCUCUGCUGAGCAAGUCUUGUCUGUAUCAACAGUUCUUAAUUCCGUUCAGUGGCUAUAUGAGUUUUUGGUGACUGCCCUCCAUACAAAACCACUAGGAUAAAAAAA